AUGGACAUCUGGGUCUUCCCUCCAUUGCGACCUCCAAAGCACCUUAGCAAUUCGAUGAUGUCAUCUCACAGAUACACGUUGCGGAAACGACUUCCUUUGGCGACGGUUAAAGGCCUUUCUAGCCGCACACUAGGGCGGUAUCAGCGCAAUAGACAUACGAAAUUGCUUGCAAAGCACCGCAACCAAAUGACUAACGCUACCACAAGCGGCAAGCGGACAACUGCCACUCCAGCCGCAUCCGUGGCUAGAGACCGAAGCAACAUUAACGAAGAUAGCUAUGCCAUGUCGCCUAUCGGGGUGAGAAUGUAG